AUGUUAUACCGUCUCAAAGAACAAAAUGAAGGACAUCUGCUUGCUGAAAUCAUAGACCUUCAGAUGGAAGUGGACAUUCUGCUUGAAGAGGAAAACUCUAAUUGGCAACAAAGAGUUAAGAAAAACUGGCUUAGGGAGGGGGAUAGGAACAUUGCCUUCUUCCAUAAAUGUGCCAGCCAAAGAAGAAAGCAAAAUACCAUCUCUAAGAUUUUCAAUGAGGUAGGUCAGGAGUUAAGAAGUCAACAGGAAAUCAGUCAUGAGUUCCAACAAUACUUCCAGAAUCUGUUUACCUCAUUCAACCCCAUUGGCAUAGCUGAGUGUCUCACAGCCUUGCCCAGUAAACUCACAACAGAAAUGAGGGCAAUGCUCUCCCAACCUUUCUCUAAAACAGAAGUGAAGAAGGCUUUGAUUAGCAUGAAUCCACUGGGAUCCCCUGGCCCAGAUGGAUUCCCAGCUGUGUGCUUCCUGGAUCAUUGGUCCACGGUGGACAGAAGAGUCACCAGAGCAGUACUCUCAAUUCUCAAUGGUGGCAAGUGGUCAAAUGGAGUGAAUGAGACAUUUAUUACUUCAAUUCCCAAGAAAACAACUCCCCUUGCAGAUGACUAA